AUGAUGCUCAACGAUAUCAUUGACCCUAGCCGGAGAAAACUCAGUUGGUUCGUUGUUCACCUCAAAACAUACACGAACUGGCUCUACACGAGAACCGGCGUCAUGGAGAAGCUUGUCACGGCUCUGCAUCUUCUUCCCAUGAAGAAGCCAGCGACAUACACGGGUAUUCGGGCUCACGGCUUGCGGUCAUGGGAAGAAUUUGAAUCAAGUACCGUCAAAGACGACGGGUCACAGGAUGAUAAAGCAAUCAUUACAAAGCUAUGGCAACAUAGUAAGAGCGACAAAGAAUCCCGGCUCGAUGGCCUUGACAUCGCAUCGGAGGUUGCAGAUCACUUCUUGGCCGGGAUCGACACGACCAGCGACACCUUGAUGUUUGUGAUAUGGGCACUCUCAAGGUCUGAGAAUAAGAAAUAUCAGGAAAGAUUGAUAGCGGAGCUGGAUUGCAUACCUCCUAACUCUUGCAACCAAGAUGGAAAUCCAACGGCGGAAGUUGCAGACAAAUUACCUUAUCUCGAUGCAGUCAUCAAAGAAGGUCUUCGACUCUAUGCCCCGUUACCGGCAUCGGAGCCACGCUCGCUGCCUAUCAACACCACGAUAGACGGAUAUCACAUUCCUGCUGGUACGGUCGUCAGCAUGUCACCGUACACGUUGCACCGUAAUGCAGCUGUGUUUCCGGAACCUCUCAAGUUCAAGCCAGAAAGAUGGCUGGGGGAGUGCGGGGAUGUCACAGAGAUGAAGAAAUGGUUCUGGGCAUUCUCAAGCGGUGGAAGAAUGUGCAUUGGCAUCCAGUAUGUCUUCAUCUUUAUCCGAUAG